CGUACACAUUAUAUAUAAAUCUUGAUAAUACUCAAACGAUCAAUGUUAUCAAUACAUAUAUUUAAUAAUUUAAACUGGUAAUUGUACUUAAAAAAACAAUUAAAUUAAUAUUAGUUUGAAUUGGUCCAUUUGUUUUAUAAGUAUGGCGAGUUCAGAAGAAAAUAUUUACAUUAUAGAACCCUUACCACCGCCUUAUUUUGACAUAGAAGUUAUACCAAGAGCCUCCAAUCGUGCGAGUAAAACAAACGAGAAGGAGCAUUCAAUUGGCAAGCAAUAUGAUAUUUUUGGGAAAGACCAAAAUAUUGGAAAGAAUAUUGAUUCUGAAAUAUCUAAUGAACCUAAUGAUCGACUUUAUUUUGUACUAGUAGUUGUAGGUCUUUUGGGUUUAGUACAUAUGCUUCCUUACACUUUCUUUAUGACAGCUAAUGAGUAUUGGAUGUAUAAAUUCAGGAAUACCACCUCAAAUAGUACAGAUGCAAAUGAAAGAACGUACUUACAAACCAAUUUCAAUUCAUUGAACCAACUAUACACGACGGUACCAACUGUUCUGAGUAAUUUCUUGUUGGCGUUUGUAGCUCAUAAAAUAAAGGCUAUGACUAGAAUUAUUUUUACUUUGGCACUACAUACGUCUAUAUUUGGGACAGCAGCAAUUUUUGCAAAAAUAAAUACAGACAGUUGGCAGGAUCCUUUCUAUUUCAUUAGCGUUGUUAUGCUGAUUUUGCUGAUGUCUUCAAUAUCGUUUGGCGCAGCUGGACAGUUCGGUCUAUUCUCCAGACUGCCACCGGUCUACAUUAAAGCUUAUCUCGUAGGAGAAGGAUUUGCGGCCAUGUUUAAUGCCAUUAUGAGACUAAUAUCCAUCGUAAUUUCUCCGUCGCCUACAGGAUCAGCGUUGAUUUACUUCGUAACAGGCAGCGCGCUCAUGUUCCUCUCCACCAUUCUGACAGUAAUCGCAGGACGUACGAGAUAUUUUAGAUAUUAUAAUUCCAACACUAAAGCAGAUAAGAAGGAAAAGGUCCGUGAUACAAAGGAGCUAUUCAGAGUUACAAAAUGUGUUUGGCAUAUGAUAUUCUUAAACGCCUUAUUUAUAAUGGCUCCAUUAUCAUCAAUUUACAACCUAGUUGUAUCAGAAAAUAGUAACGACCCUAAUAAUGUAUGGGCAAAUCGCUAUUUUGUAACAGUAUGUACAUUUUUAAUACCAUCAAUUGCUAAUACAUUUGGUCGUGCUAUUUAUAGUAAAAUUGAUUGGGAUUGCCCUAUUCCCAUCAUUUAUCUGAUAGUUACCGGAUUUCAAGCAGUAUCAACAACAUGUAUAUUCUUCGCCAAUGCAAAACCUAGACAUCAUCUGCCGGUGAUUUUGACUCAUGAUUGGCAGUACAGUUUUGCCAUGGCAACCUAUGCAUUUUUGCAAGGGUUUAUUGCUACUCUUAUGUCUAUGAAGACAAUUAGGUUGCUUCCAGGUAAUAGAGUGGAAUUAGGAAUGCUUAUUCUUACAUUCUUCAUGAGUAUAGCAGGCGCUGCAUUUUCGCCGCUAGGGAUAUAUGCAGUUAAGAUUUUGUGAAUUAGUUGUUUAGGAGCGAUUAUCGUAACCAUAUUGGUUAACCCUGUAAAUGUAUGAUAUUGUGCAAUAAAUUUUUUAACCUAAA